AUGGCCGCAGCGGAGUCCAGCCAGCUCCAGUUCGAGGAGAUCGCCGCGCCCCCUGCCUACCUGCCCGCCUACCCCGGCGGGGCGUUCCUGCCGCCCCCGAACCCCGCCGCUGGCCUGCUCCUCGCGCGCCCCUCGGGCUCCGCUCCGGAGCUCGGCGCACCGGUAGCCUUCGCCGGCUUUCUCGGGAGGGGUCCCGGGCCCGCCGCGCCGCCCCCCGCCGCCCUGAGCCCGCCUGCGCCCCCUAAAGGCGCGGCCGUUUCGUCGGCGUCGCAGCGCCGCAAGCGCACGUCAUUCAGGCCGGAGCAGCUGCAGCUGCUGGAGCUCGUCUUCCGCCGGACCAUGUACCCCGACAUCCACCUGCGAGAGCGCCUGGCCGCGCUCACCCUGCUCCCCGAGUCCAGGAUCCAGGUGUGGUUCCAGAACAGGCGGGCCAAGUCACGUCGUCAGAGCGGGAAACCCUUUCAACCCUCAGCCAGGCCAGAGCUGUUCCUCCACCACUCUGCUUGUGAAACUGAAGCAAAGUAUUUGAAGCCCCAGCCGCCUCUGGAGGUAGAUGUGAACUGCCUGCCCGAUCCCAACAAGGUUGGAGGAGGCAUCUCUGACCCUAACUCCCAGGGUCAGAAUUUUGAAACCUGUUCUCCUCUCUCUGAAGACAUUGGUUCAAAGCUGGACUCAUGGGAGGAACACAUCUUCUCUGCCUUUGGUAACUCUUGA